AUGCAAGAUCCCGGCACUAAUGCCAUAUUUAGAUUGCGAGAUCGACAAAAUCAACAAAAUGAUAACCAGUGCCGAGAAAUCUCGACUGAUUUUGAAGUACACAACAAGUUAUUAAAUCGUUUGGGUGAUCAAUCAAUUCCUAUAGAAGAUCGGAUGAAUAACUUUGGAGAAUUCUGCAAAACUCAUCGUUUUGUUAUCAACGAAGAGCAAGCAGACUAUUUAAUUCAAUUAUUAAAUUCAGCGAGAGAACAAAACAAUGAAACAUUGAUGAUCAAUUAUCUUCAUGCGAUAGAAUUGAUAAUUGGCUACAGAGAAGAGUUUACAAAUGAACUAUUUUUAGUUCCUCAAAGAUUAGAACCAAUUAUGCAAUGUUUUCCACUUUCUUAUGCAUACAACAUUGUAGGACUACUCGCUUCAACCGAUGAAGAAGCAGCAACCACUAUUUUUCAGUAUAGCAAACAAUAUGACUUUGAAUCAACAAUUAAUGAUGAUCAGUCUAUUAUGUUUUUGACAACCUUCCUCAAAUACCAGUCCCUGCAAGAGAAAAUACUACCAACAAUACAAAAAGUAAUAAGACUUGGAUAUGACUCAGAUGGACAGCUCAGAUUCGAAUGCUUAAGGUUCAUUUACUUUGCUCUUAAACAAUCCACCGAAUUAUGCUUUGAUUUGGUCGAAUAUCAGGAUUUUUAUUUAAUUUUCCAGAAACCUGCAGAAGAUGCACAAACAAACGAUAUGAUGCUAUUAAUAUUGAGAGAGAUUACUUUUAAGACACAAAACCCAUUGAGAUCGAUCAUCCAGACAAAUUUGAUUUAUUUCAUAUUAUUUGGCCUUCAGAGUGAUGAUGCUUGUACUCUUUCAUAUGCUAUUGACAUCAUUGGGGAUCUUGCUGAAUUCGGAGGUCAGCAAGGAACAGAAAUUUUGAUUCAAAAUAAUAUUAUUGAAAAACUCUUCAAAAUUAUUGAAGACAAAGCUUUGCAAAAUAGACUUUGUGCAGUCAGUGCAUUGCUUCGUAUAUUUCUGAACUCACCUUUGAAAUUUAAAGUCCAAAUUCUUGAAAAAGAUUUCUUAAGUAUAUUAUCUGACCAUUUACCAUUGAUGUCGGAUAAAGAAUGCGAUUCUUCUCUGAUUAUAUUAAAUAUGAUCUUAAGAGUUGCAGAAACAAACAACGAAACAAUUGUUUUGGACUCAAUUUAUGGAGAUGAAGAACUUUAUUCAGUACUUUCUGAAAUUUCUGAAAGUUCUGAGAACAGGGUAUAUGCGGAAUCAAUUCUCUCCCGUUUCAAGUGA